CAACUCAGCCUUGGCAGUUUGAGUAGUUCGAAUACUCAGACAACAUGAAGGUACUCUUUUUUCUGGGAUUGAUCUUCCUGCCUAUGGUGGUCCAUGGUAUUCAAUUGGAACGAUGUGAAUUUGCCAGAAGAAUAAAGCAGCUAGGCAUGGAUGGCUACCAUAGCAUCAGCCUGGCUAACUGGGUUUGCUUGGCACAAUGGGAGAGCAGUUUUAACACCAAAGCUACAAACUACAACCCUGGAGAUAAAAGCACUGAUUAUGGGAUAUUUCAGAUCAACAGUCACUACUGGUGUGAUGAUGGCAAGACUCCACAUGCAUCAAAUGGGUGUAAAGUCAAAUGCUCAGAACUUCAGGAAGAUAACCUUGUUAAAGCAACAAAUUGUGCCAAGAAGAUUGUAGAUCAACAAGGCAUUCAGGCAUGGGUGGCCUGGAGAAACAAGUGCCAAGGAAAAGAUCUUUCCCAAUAUCUCAGAGGUUGCCAUCUGUAACCAGCUACCUUUAGGUCCUUCAACUCAUUGCGAUUCCUCUGCCUAUAAAGGAGCUUUUUCCAAUCCAUCAAAUAUAAUACUUUAUCUCUUUAAAAAAAAUCAUUUUCUCAAAUAAAGUUGGUACAGAAUGAA